UCAAAAAUAUCAUGUGAAAAUAAUUUAAAGGUUAAAUAGUGCUAUUAUUUCAUAUGCAAUAUACUUUAAUAUCAAAUAUUUCAAUUCAUUAUGGAUGAUUAUACAUAAAAUUUAAAAGAUUUUCAUAUAAACGUCAAAUAUGGAUUAUAUGGGUGAAAUUAUUGCAUUUGGGAUUGAUGCCCUAAUCCUAGCAGUUUGUGUCAAACAAUAUUAUCGGAAUAAAUAUGCGAUACAAAUGAUACAGGGUGCUCCGUUUGUUGAUAUUGAUGGUGAUUUAUUACAAUUGAUUGAAUCAAAAACAGAUAAAAAAUUGCCAUAUGUAGCAAUAAGGGGUGCUGUGAAACCAUUAGGGACACCAAUUCAUAGUUUAAAUAAUAUGAAUGUAACUGGUGUUAUACAAAAAUUAAGUAUUAAAGAACAUAUAAUACAACGUAGCACAGCUGGCUUUUGGUCGGAGAAUGAACGAAUUGUACAAGAAGUUUAUAAUGCAAUGCCAUUUGCAUUGGAAGAUAAUGGAUAUCAAGUGGAAGUCUUGGAUCCCUUGGCUGCGGAUAUUAUAGAUUUGGAUGUAAUUGCUGAUAAAUUUGAGCCAUGUGUACCAUCAUUAAUGGAUCAUGUAUGGGGUUUCUUUUCGGGUGUACGACAACGUGGUUUACAAAACACUGAAGAAAUGUUACGUACUGGUUCGCUAAUCACUGGCAUCGGUGAAUUAACAUGUUCUAUGUCUGGUCGAACAUUACGUCUACAACCCACAUCAAAUGGUGCACCGUUUUAUCUCACAUCAAUACCAAUCACUUCACUAGUACGUCGAUUAGAUGAUAGAAAACAUAGUUUUAGGUGGUUAUGUAUACUUUUUGGAUCACUUGGUGUUAUAAUAGGUAGUUUAAUAUUUCGCCGAUAUUGGCACGAUAGAAAAAGGAAAGUGGAAGAGGAAACUAUUCGCCGUGAAUUGGAAAAUUCACGGCGUGAUAGACGUAGAUUAGUCAGAGAUUCGGGUAUUCCAGAAGUACAAUUAUGUGUUGUGUGUAAAGAAAAUCCACGUGAGAUAAUUUUAUUACCAUGCGGUCAUGUGUGUUUAUGUGAAGAUUGUUCAGAGGGUAUAAUCGAAAAUUGCCCCAUAUGUAGACGACAAAUUGACAAAAAAGCUGCCGCUUAUAUUGUUUGAAAAACUUUGUUUAUAUUUGUUUUUUGUAUUUUCAAAUAUUUA